AGGGGGCGCCCUGGGGGGAGGGAGGCAGGGAUGGAUGAAGUUUGGAACUAGCUCAUCAGAAGACAAAAAGGAGAAAAAAAAGACGAUUUGUACUCUGAUAGUACAAGUAGUAGCAGAAGCGGGAGGCGAAGCCUGUUUGGCUGAUAAGGAAGAAGAUAAUGUCUCACAAAGGAUGUCUCAGUGUUACAAAAUACUUCCUCUUUCUCUUCAACCUUUUCUUUUUUAUUCUUGGAAGUCUGGUCUUCAGCUUUGGCUUAUGGAUACUUUUUGAUCAAAAUAAUUUUGCUUUUACACUUGGGUCCUCAUAUUAUGCUCUCAAGAUAUGGUCUUAUGUUUUCUCUGGUGCGGGCAUCCUAACAAUGUUUUUAGGAUUUCUUGGAUGCUUGGGCUCUCUCAAGGAAAUCAAGUGUAUGCUAGGACUGUACUUUGCCUUCCUACUGCUCCUGUUUCUUGGUCAAGUCACCAUUGCAAUCUUGAUACAAACACACAGCAACACGAUCAGUUCAACAGUGGCUGGACAUGUAAAAACCAUCAUUGCAAGCUAUGGAACGAAUUCAUCCCUUUCAGAUCAAGGUGACAGCUGGGAUUUUGUGCAGGAGCAGUUCCAAUGCUGCGGCUGGACAGGCUGGGCAGACUGGAUGGAAAACAGCAGAGUCAAAAAUGCCUCAGAUAAAGAGUACCCCUGCUCCUGUCGUAACACUUCUGCUUUGCACUCAGCCAGCAACAGAACAACUGCCAAGCCGGCCUUGUUUUGCCAAGCAGAGGCACAGUUGCCAAUCAACAAUAGAGGCUGCAAGGACAGUGUCCAAACCUGGCUGAACAACAACAUCAUCAGUAUUGUAGGGAUCUGCCUUGGGAUUGCUCUCCUAGAGUUACUGCAGCUGAUGUGCAUGUUGCUGGUCACUGCAUUAGAACACAAGGACCUGCAUAGUGGUGGCUCCCAGGAGAUCCCUAACAGGUGGCUAAAGGGAGUGCAUAGAUGUUUCCAGCUUUCUGCCAUGCCUUGUUAUUUGUGUCUUCCUGUGUUGGGAAGGAUGUGUUAUUUCUUCUCUGUGCAUGUCCUGUGACCUGUGUGAUUCAUGAGUGCAGUGCAGGGAAUGCUGAUUUUUCUUGGGUGGAAGCAUUGGCCAGAAAAGUUGCUGUCAUCCCUAAAUGCCAUGGUGCCAUGCUUGUCUAUUUGCAAGGAAGAUGCUAGCAAGACUUGGGCCACUGAGAGAUCCCAUAUGAAUCCUUGUGAAUUCACCUAGGCCAGGGGUGUCAAACUCAAGGCCUAAAGACCGGAUCCGGCCUGCGGGGUGUUUAAAUUUGGCCCGCAGAUCUGGCCUGAAAAUAGCAAAGGAUCGGCCCACUGUGCCUCUAGCAGCCAAAACAUAGUGUGGAGGAGACUCCACACACACACCUCCCCCAUGCCAUGUUUUGGCUGUUAGGGUGCUGCAGGAGGCGUCCGCCCCGUCUCCCCCCCCCCCUUAAGCCGGUCCACAGAAGAGAACUACAGUGCUGAUCUGGCCCUCCAAGAAAUCCAGUUUGACAUCCCUGACCUAGGCAGUUUCUUCCAUCUGGCGUUCUUCAAAUUUGCUGGAUUAUAAUGCAGAAUAGUGUAGUAAUUUUAGAAGUAUGAUUUAGGUCAGAAAGACUUGGGAGCUGUGGUGACGCACUGGUUAGAAUGUAGUAUUGCAGGCUAAUUCUGCUGACUGCCAGGGUUCGAUCCUGACCGGCUCAAGGAUGAGUCACCUUUCUAUCCUUCCGAGGUUGGUAAAAUGAGGACCCAGAUUGUUGGGGGCAAUAUGUUGACUCUGUAAAUUGCUGAGAGAGGGCUGUAAAGCACCAUGAAGCAGUAUAGAAGUCUUAGGUGCUGUAGAUAUUCCAACUGUGUAGUUUAUUGGCUAAUGUUGGGCCAAACUUAGAGAACGGUUAUUCGUUAACAUAAAAGGAGACCCUGUGUGGUGCUGCCUUGAACUCUCGCACAAACAAUGCAAGAGAUAACAAUUCCUAUCAUCCCAAACCAGCACAGACAAUGGUUGUUGAAGAUGAUAGCCAAUGUAGUCCAACACAAGUAGAGGAGGCAACAAAUAGCUUUCUCUAUGAGCAUAUGUGGCAAUUACAUUUCUGGGAAUCUGUUGUUUUUCUGGCUGAAUUGGCUGGAAGACAAUAGAUUUUGUGUGUAUGUGUGUGUGUAGGUUAAAAGUAGUUUGCUUUGGAAGAUUACAAAUGAUUGUGUUACUUCCAUUUUUUUAAAGAAAAGUAAACACAGCUGUUUGUGCUGUUCUGUAAAGUUUUUAAUGAAUUGGCAUAUAUCCUAAGGGCCUGGAUUUUAAAGGAAGACGUAGAAGAGGAACAAAGUGUUUUUCUGGUAUUCCCCAAUGAGAAUCACAUAGAUUUGGAAAGCCCAUGAAAUUAAAUCUACUUUCUGAUGCAGAUCUAUAUUUAGAAAUCAGAGAUGCUUACAGUUCUUUUUCAAAGUCCCCGUAAUGGAUUCUGCUUCUUUCAUUAUUCCUCCUGUCUGCACAUUGAAUGCAAUCCAAGAAGAGCUUUUGGGGCCUUUUGGGGUAAGCCCUGCCUGUGGUUGCAGCCCAAACACCUAGCUGUUCCAGUGUGCUUUUGAUAUGCUGAUAUAUGGAUAUGCCUGCCGUGUUUCUCAACUCCUACACACCCUAUUCUUAGCAUAGGUCUGGGCAUGUCUGAAAAGGUGAAGUGUUGAUUUGCUUCCCAAAGUGAUGCAUGAGCCCCUGGGUUAUGUUUGUGCUACUCCUUAAUUCUUCCUCAUUUCUGAAACCUCUUUCCAUGAGGGUGAAGGUUCGUACUCCAAGCUUGUGGGUUGGUUUCUGAACGUUUCAUUACCAGACUAGGUAACAUCUUCUGCAGAGUUUAGGAGAUGCCAUUGUCAGUGUUCUUCUGUUUACAAGGGCUUUCUGUGGUGCGUAGGUCUUGUAAUGGGUCAGGUGUGGGUGUGUCAAGUGAGGGUCUUGUAUGGGUUAGGUUUGAGUCAUCAGUGAGAGACUUUUGAUGGGUCUUGUGAUGGUGAGGUUACAUCAGGUCAGGGUCAUUGGGAGGUGCUGGAGGUGGGGGGGCUUGCAUGGGUUAGUUGAGGGUCAGUGCUGUCUCUGGUUGGCUGUGUGGUUGGUCUGGAUUCUGAAGGUUUUGUAGGUCCAUGUGUCUGUUGAUGGAAUUGCUUGUGGAAUGUCAGGCUUCGAUGGACUCACGAGCGUGGCAGGUGGUAGCAUGGCCGAUUUUUGUGUUGCUCCAAUUGAACUGGUACUGUUUGGUGUCGGUGUGGGUAGAGAUUAAGAUUGUUCUCCCAUAAGCUCGGAGAACGAACCUUCACCCUCAUCCUAUCCCUGAACUACAGAUAUUCACCACUAUUGCAAACCUCUUUCCAUUUUUAUAAUCACUUAAAUUAUUUCACACACUUGCUGCACAGAGAGAUCUACCUGGAGUUUUGGCAAGGUAAUUCAUUCCAGGGCAUUGUCAGGCCUGAAUGUUCCUUUAGUACAAAUGUGUCAAUGCCCACAAUGCCUUGUUUUCCCCACCUCAUUCCUCCUUUGCAGGUUAAUGUCUUGCUUGCAUCUUGUGCUGUUGCAAAAAAAGUUUUGCUGGCUCCCCCAGGGCCAAAAUGAAGCAUACAGUAUCAUGCCAAGGGCCCCAAGAACUACAGGGGCUGCUUGAGCACCGAUAAGGAGAGGGCAAAUAUAGCAGAGAACAAAACAAAACAAAACAAAACAAAACUGUAAGAUGCUACAGGGCAGAUUCACCCUUUUUUAAUCAUUGAUAGUCAUCUUUCUUCCUUUCAGAAAGAUACAUUCUAUGAGCCAUUCUGAUCUCUGUAGCUUCUUUCCAUCUUGUGUAUUUACUUUCCCUAUGGUGGAUUAUAUUUCAAGAAUUCCACAGUCAGCCUGACCAUUGCUGAUCCAUGUAUCUGGGGAGCACCUAGAUAAGGGCUUCAAGGAUAAUGGGGAUUGUAAUUCAGCACACAUGAAAGACACCUGGUUGGGUUCAAUAAGGAUUCAGAGAUAGCUACUAUAUUCAUGAGUUGUAAUUUCAGGGCUUAGGUCUAGGCGCAGAGUGGGCAAUGAUGGCUUCCUUACAACCUGUGGACUUCAGCUUCUGGCUGGCUCAAGAAUUCUGGGAAUUGAAGUCCACAAGUCGUGAAGGGGCUAUCCCAGUAUCCCACCUUCCCAAUGCACUGGAUUCCCAGUGGCCAGAAAUCUUAAGCAGAAAUACUGGAGGUUGAAGUCCAAUACUUUUGAAAGCCAUGGGAUCAAAUUAAGAAUCUUAUUUAAUCUUAUUUUUAAGUUGCUUUACAAACUAUCCCAAACAUGGAGUUUAGCUUUUCUUAUGAUAGAUGUGUGAUUGCUGUUUCUUUUACUAAAAUCUCUUUUU